GGACGCGAGAAGGCUGCAAAAGAGAUCCCCCAUGUGGUCCUAGCUACAUAAGUGUGCCAAAGUAUUUUACCUCUUAGCCCUCAAAAUCUUACACUUUUUAUACAGUCGUACGUUUUCCACAAACAUAAAAUACAUUUAUAAUACAUUUAUAGACAUCACAAAAUAAUGUAGUUAUAAUUAUCUGCAGUUUAAUCAGCAAAAUCCAUAGGGCAGCCAAUCCAGUCGGACGACAUUUGGUAAACACCCGGAAUUCCGGGGACGUUUGUAGCGCUCUUGAAGAACGAACAGUGGUAAAAUGCCACAGAAAGAUCCUUGUCAGAAGCAAGCAUGCGCAAUUCAGAAGUGUUUACAAGCAAACAAGUACAUAGAGAGCAGGUGCGAGGAUGUAAUAAGAGUUAUGCGUAUGUGCUGUGAGCACGCAGGCGAGAACUCCAUCUGCUGCUCAGGGUUCGCUAGGGAACAGAAGUCUACAGAGCCUAAAAUUCCUGGUGCACCCUGACCUGAUUGUGGACACUGGACAGCGGUCUUAUUUGUAAAUUGUACAUGAUGACAAUGCUUCAAAUGUAAUAAAGUUGUUUAUAAUGACAGUAAAUGAUC